ACAACUGCUUUAUGUUGUUCCGACAGAGAACUCUACGGCCAGUAGCAGACGCUGCACAGUCCAAGGUUUAAGUCCGUUAAGAACCUGUAGUCCAAUUACACUGAAGAGAGAUGAAAAUCCUUUCCUGCGAUCCCACAGUCGACAUUGGAGAUUAGACCUGCUCAAGGAAAUAGCGUGAAGACGACAGACGACAACCCCGCCAUCUACAUGAGCGGACAAAUUUGAACAGCAGACAGAAAUUGUCAAAAUGAUCUAUGCGUGCGAUUGGGCAAUAAUUAUCUCCGUUUUUAGAUAUCGAGGCCUAUUCAACACAUUACCUUCCCGGUAAACUAGAGUGUACAUCAUUUAAUCAGCUCGCGCUGGAGUUCCUUCUUGGACUAUUUCUGGAAUUUGAUCGUUAUCAUGGAAACGUACACUGACGUCUUACUAGUCACCGCAAAUGUUGGAUCCUUAUUUGACAAUGUCAGCGAGAUCCAGAGUGAGUGGUUACGAGAGUUCUUCACGACCGUUCACAACCUCAAGCCGCGGUUUGUGGCGUUGCACUUCCAGGAAGUGGGGGGAAAAGACUACAUGGUCAACAUGGGCCACGCUGAACACUUCUUCUGGAGCAUUGAGACCAGUGAGGAGAUGAGGGAUUUUGACAGAGUCUGCAUUUAUGUUGACAACCACUUCAAGGCAGUGGAUAGUUUCACUGCUCUGGGAAGCAUGUACUUCAUCCAUAAGUCGUUGAAAAACAUCUACCAGUAUGAUUUUAACGCUAAGGACUUUAAAGCAGUAUCGGGACAGAACAAGUAUGUGGGUUCCCUGGACGGAGUAACCACGGUUGAGAAAGAAAAAUUUCCAAAGAAUUUCUGGCCGGAUUUCAAGUGGUCCAGGAAGGGCUACCUGAGGACUCGUUGGAUCAUACACAACCAAGGUCUAGACCUUGUCAACGUCCAUCUUUUCCAUGACGCCUCCAACCUCAUUGCCUGCAACUCCAGCCCUUCCAUCUACUCAGCCAACCGCAAGAAGGCCCUCAGAUAUGUCAUCAACAGGAUAUCAGACAGCAGCUACACCCCCCUCCCCUUCUUCCUCUUUGGAGACUUUAACUUCCGUCUGGACACGCUCAGUCUGGUCCAAAACCUGUCCACCUCAGCAGAUGUCCAGACAGUGAAGGACGGCAGCGAUGAGGUGGAGAAGAUCAUCUUUGAGGAGAAGGACAAUGACCACCAGGUCCUGCUGCACAUUGAGACCAAGCUGUUUGCCUACCUGCACCAGGCUGUCUUCAGAGAGGACAAUGGCAAAGCACUUUUGGAGUAUGACAAAGAAGUGUCCGCCUUCCAUGAUGUCAUCACAGAGGAGGAGAUUCUGUUCCCGCCCAGCUACCCUUACAGCGAAGACUACACUAAACCCACGCAGUACAUGAACACGCGUUGUCCUUCCUGGUGCGACCGCAUCCUCAUGUCCCACACGGCCCAGGAUGUCAUCCACAGGAGAGAUGAUAGAGAGAGGAGUGUGGUUUACAACACACUGGGCCCCAACGUCUGCAUGGGAGACCACAAGCCCGUGUUCCUGUUCUUCACACUGAAGACAAAUUACCAUUGACCAGGACCGUCCUCCACACGCUGUGAGACUCCCUGUGUGUGUUCUGCUGAUGUAAUCCAGUCUGCUCCAGUCGGCCCUGCACCCAUUCCAGCACUACUCUCAAAACCAGAACCAGGACCAGGGGAAGCCCAGCCACCCCACACACACCUGAGAGCAGCUGCUCACGGGGAAAACAUCCUCUCCCUGACCCGCACGCACUGUGCGUCCAGGACCCCGUCCCCCCCGCAUCUCCACCACCCUCCACCCUCCGCCCCUCUAUCAUAUCCCAGUACCCCCCUUCCCCUCCACUCCUCUGUCACUCCACAUUAUUGAUUCCCAAGACUCGGGUGACCUCACACAGAUUUGAUCGUCAGCAUUAUGGAUUUUUUUUUGAUGGACAAUCUCGCACGGCCCUCCUCCUCCAUGUAUCUCCAGAACUCUGAGCCCAGGGUCUCUGAGGACGCUCCUGGGAGUGGCGGUGUCUGCUCCGGGCCUGUUUGAAGCAGAGGGAAGUGGGACAGGUUGUUUUGUGAAACAAGCCCAACAGUCCUUCUGAAGGUUGAGGCCCCUCGGCUGUUUCUGGAAACAUGAUACAGUGGCACCUCUGUCUCCUGUGGAUUCAUGGAUAUGUGAGGACAUGCGUGGGCUUACACACACACGCGCGCGCACGCACACGCACGCACGCGCACACACGCACACACGCACGCACACACACACACACGCACACACACACAGUUAACCAUCGAGACACAAGGCAAAGUAAACACCAUAACUUCAGAUGGAUAAACGGUUCUCAAGCAUCGAGGGGUUUGUUCAACCAAGUAUUGAUGGUCAGUCUGCUGACAUUCAAGCACACUUUCACCCCCAUUUUCAGAAACAUUUAUUUCUUCUAUUUAUUUUUCUUUGAUGGCUUACUAUCAGAAUAUCCAUGCUAAUAAAGCCAUUUUGAAAAACAGUCAACUAAUCCUGCUGUUUCAGUGCACUGCUGGCUAACCUUGUCCAGAGAAUACAAAGGUCCUAUGAGAUUAUGAACGUUAUCUUAGACACAAUCACCGUUUAUGACAUUGUAUGGCUUGCAUUGACUGUUGUUUCAAUGAUUAUUUCCACAAACAAAGAGUGGCCGAGCAGCUCCACGCGGCUUCUGUUCUGUUUUAGUGGUCUACAGAUUUCCUUGCUUACAGAAAACAGUUGGGAAGUUGAGAACUUCACGCCCCCUGUGCUUUGCCCUCAUAGCAGCAUCCGCUAGUUUGUUCCACAGCUAGAGAUCGCUCCGCUUUAUUUCAUUGCCAAAUCACUGAUGACAUUGACCCUAUCACUCUCUAAUAAAGCAAGCUACAGUGCCAGCAUCUGGCUGAAGGGAACCACUUACACUACACUCACAAACACACACACACACACACUCAUACCCAACCCUGCACGCAAAUACACACACCUAACAAAACAAGAUAUAAAUCUUGAAGCACUGAGUUAUUUCUGUUUUAAUUACGUUUUAUUGAUUAUAUCUUUUAUAUGUUUUCUAGUCAUAUAUGGACUUGUAGCACGCACUGUGUUUUGUAUGGAUUGUCUGUUUGUUCUUGCAAAUAUAUUCUCAUAAUAUGAACUAAUUUGAAGUCUCAAAAUACGUAUGGUGUUCUAAAUAUUCAAUGGUCGUCUAUAUAACUAAAUUAAUUCAUUAGUGUUAAUGUUUUUUAAUUUAAAUUUCAUUGUACACAAUCCCUAUACCAACUGAAAUAAAUUUGAAAAAUGAACAUACAUAAACAUAAAUAACAAAUCUGAUUUGCAGGCAGUACAUCAAUGUGAAGUAAUUGUUGUCGGAAAUAGGACUCACUGUGAGUGUAGGUUAUUGACGAUAUCAGAGCCCACUCAAAUUUCCUUACAUUUUGUUUACAGUCGAUUUGUACGUGUCAUGGGUACACUUGUCAAUAAUAGACUUGUGGUAGUUGAUUCAUGGUGUGGUCAAGCACCUCUAAUGGCCUCCAGGGAGUCUUCUGGCUGUGGGGGUUCAGCAUAGGGCCAGGGGCAUCAUUAGAUGGAGUGGACUAACCUCAUUUUUCAUUUCAGAUCAAACACAAACACUACAUUAUUGUAAUCCUUCCAGUUUGGUUAAUAAAUGCUAGUCACUGCGCUAAUA